AUGGUGGAGAAGCGGUGCCCGAGGCUGCAGCGGGAUGGUGUGUACCGCUGGUUCUCCGAGCUGCCCUCUCCGCAGCGUGUGGAGUUCCUGUGCGGCCUCCUGGACCUGUGCAUCCCGCUGGAGCUGCGCUUCCUGGGCGCCUGCCUGGAGGACCUGGCCCGCAAGGAUUAUCACUCCCUACGUGAUUCUGAAAUCAAGGCCAACAACCCCGCAGACCUGGGGAGCCUCACUAACCUGACGGACGAGGUGAUACGCAGCAAACUUCUGGUGUCUCUUGCCCUGCUCGGGUCUGCCCACCGAGAGGCGGCCGGGGUCCUCUUCCGUACCCUCACCCACAUCGAUUCGGUCAUUAACAACUAUGGGCUACAACUCAACGAGGGCCGCACAGGGGAUGAGUUCCUGUUGCUCUUUACAAUGGCAUCCAACCAUCCUGCUUUCAGCUUCCACCAGAAACAGGUCCUGAGGCAAGAGCUCACCCAGAUCCAGAAUAUCAUGGCCAGCACCAGCAAGAAUCCCAGCACCUCUACCCUUGAUGCUAUGCCAACCUAUCCUGGAUGCCAUAAGGUCACUCCAAGAUCCGAGACCCCCAUCAACAGUGUCAGUACUAGUUUAGAAAAUGUACUACAUACAUCAGCACAUUCCAUUGAGGAGUCAUUACCCAAGAGGCCUUCAGGGAAGCACUCCAAAGUGAGUGUUGAAAAAGUAGAACUAAAGGGACUGGCACACAAGAAGAAUGAAAGAAAUGUUGAAUAUUCCUUUGAGGUCCUGUGGUCUGAUUCUUCAAUGACAUUGGUAACCAAAUCUUCCACUGAAGUGACUGAAUUUAUUUCAAAGCUAUCUCAACUGUAUCCAGAAGAAAACUUGGAGAAAUGCAUUCCUUGCCUAGCUGGUCCAGAUUCAUUUUACCUAGAACGGAACCACAUGGACCUGGAAUCAGACCUUAGGUGUUUGGCACCAUUACCUUCCCAUGUGGUGAAAAAUGACCACGUUAGAAUGUUCUUCAGCACUUCAUCUCCUUCACAGCAACUACAGAGUUCAAAUCCUGGUGACCCCUCCCUUUAUAAAGUAGGAGCUUCACUGGGAACAUCUGGACGACCUAUAUGUGGAGUGACUGGCAUUCAGUCUUCUCAGAAUCACAUUCAGCACUCAGCUGCUGCUGCCAUUGCACUACCCCACUGUUCCCAUGCAGGAGGUACUGGCUCAUCAUUGGCCUAUCGCACCCGAAUGGACACCUCUUCUUCACCCAUGUUAAUGUCUUCCAGUCCACAGACCCCUCAGACACAGGAGCAAAAUGGGAUCUUAGACUGGCUCAGGAAACUGCGGUUGCACAAAUACUAUCCUGUCUUCAAACAGCUCACAAUGGAAAAGUUUCUGAGUCUUACUGAGGAAGAUCUGAAUAAGUUUGAAUCCCUCACCAUGGGAGCAAAGAAGAAGCUCAAGACCCAGCUAGAGUUGGAGAAAGAAAAGUCAGAGAAACGGUGCCUAAACCCCACAACACCUUCUUCAGUUACCAGCAGUGGCGUGGCAAGGGUUCCCCCUACUACACGCAUAGGGCAAAUCCAGAGUAUUCGUGGCAACCAUGCUGCAGAGCUGAGAGUGGAUGUGGAUCAGCCAGCCCACCCACUGCCCCCUGAGGGCAGCUCUUCUGAGUACUCCAGCUCUUCUUCCAGCCCCAUGGGGAUCCAGACAAGGGAGGAGAGCUCGGACAGCGCCGAGGAGAACGACAGACGUUUAGAGAUUCACUUAGGUGGUUCAGAAAAGGAGAAGUCAGUGAUGUUGCUGAACCAUUUCACUUCCAGCUCUGCCAGACCCACAGCUCAGGUCUUACCAGUGCAAAACGACACGGGCUCCAAUCUGUCCAGCCACCAUGCUCUGCCCAUGCAAAUGAUGUCAGCAGCCUCUACUCACAUCACCCCCAUUCGGAUGCUAAACUCAGUGCAUAAAUCAGAGCAUGGCAAUGCAGACAUGAAGCUACUUUCAUCGUCAAUGCAUUCUCUUUUAUCUUUAGAAGAGAGAAAUAAAGUUUCUCCUGGAUCUAGGAGCAGCAUAAAAGUGGAAAAGAGCUUUGGAAAUACAGUGGUGGAUGCUAUGUCUACAUCUUCUCCCCACCAGCCCUUGCAAGUGCUGUCAGGGGCUACUGAGAACAUCUCACCCACUUCUACUAUUAACUUUGGUCCUCGAACCAAAGCUGUGCAUGCUUCAACUCUGGACAGAGUGAUAAAAACAGCUCAGCAGCCAGGAUUAAUAGUAGAAACUAGUACUGCUGCCACUGUAACAUCCAGCACAGUCUUCCAUGUGGCUCGUCCACCCAUCAGACUCCUGGUGUCUUCAUCUCUUCCUACUGAUUCUGCCAUUGCUGGACAGACUUCCUGCUCCAGUAAUAUGCAAAUAACAGUGUCUCCUUCAAUAAUAAAUCCUCGAACUGCUCUGUACACAGCCAACACCAAAGUUGCCUUCUCUGCAAUGAGCAAUGUGCCAGUGGUGCCAAUGAAAGGCAGCUUCUGUGCAAACAGCAACACAGCCUCCUCCAGCAGCCACCCCUCCAUGUCUUUUGUGACCACGGCCAAUCUGCCCAGCUGCCCCACACCCAGCUCCAGCCCCAGCCCCACGCUCUCCUCUGUUGCCGAGAACAACUUCUACAGCAGCAGUAGCAGCAGCGGAUCCGCAGGGAGCAUCCCAGUACCAAACCAGAACCACCACCACCAUCACCACCAGCAGCUGCAGCCGCCUGGGUGCAUGGUGUGCAGCUCCUGCGGGUGUACUGGGAACUGUGGAUCAAGUGGUAUGACCAUCAGCUACACUAACUAUUUUCAGCAUCCAUUUUCAGGCCCAUCAAUGUUUACUUUUCCAUUUUUGCCCUUCAACCCUUUGUGUAGUAACAGCUACAUCAACACGCAGCAGUACAACAGCAGCACAGCAUUCCCCAUGGUCCACACCACUUACAACAGCGGUAUAGCAGUGGACUCUGUGAUGACUGGACAGUCGACGUUUGCAGUACCGCCAAUGCAGAACUUUAUGGCAGGGACAGCAGGGGUGUAUCAGGCACAGGGAAUGAUGGGAAACAGCAACAGUUCAAGUUACAAAAAAAAUGGGAAUCUCUCCUGUUACAACUGCGGGGCCAGUGGUCACAGAGCUCAGGACUGCAAACAGCCUCCGAUGGAUUUCAAUCGACAAGGUACGUUUAGGCUAAACUAUGCUCCUCCCUCUGAAGGUCUUGACUCCACUGACUGAUAUUUUAUCAACUGGCAAGAAAAUACUGUAAGCCAUGGAGAUAUAAGGAGACUGAAAAACAAAGCUGAAACUUCCAGUUGCUGUUAAGCUUGAUGUAUUUUUUUUAUUCAAAGGUGCUUUACUUUAUUAGACUAGGUAGAAAAUCUAGCUUAAGGGUGCAUCAAACCCAUUUUUGAUUGCCAAAUUCAAACUGGGAUCUUGUUGGAACUUCUGAGUACAUGUCAUAGGAUUGAUGGAUGGUGGAGCUGGCCUGAUGCAAGUACAACAUCCGAGGUACUUUCUUUUUGCUGGAGCACAUUGCCAUAUGCAGACUUCCGAAGGUGAAACGUCAAAAUCCAGGGCAGCUACAUUCUGAAAUGGAAGCUGGAGGCUGAAGGUGGGAGUGGCUUUUUGCCAGAAGGACUCUGGCACCCCUGGGCUAGGUAAAAUGUCUACUUUUUUUUCAAAAGUGAUCAGGCACUGAUCUCUGGGAUUUUUAAGGAUUACACUACAGAAGAAUGUAAAACUCUUAAAGCUUUCUGCACUUUUAGCAGUGUCACUCUGAGACCAGUGCAAGAGGCAAAAGUUCCAACUUUCAACAGUUGGCACCAGCAAGCUAUGUGACUUAACCACACAAUCUGAAGUCUCUCCUUUCCCUUCCAGAACACACAUGGCAGUUUUGGUUCCUUCUGGAAACAAACUUGUACUUCAUUGUCUCACUUAUUACUAGAUAGUGCUAGGUUCCCAGCAGUGGAAUAAGCUUAGUUUUCAAGGGUCCAAGUCCCAGAGACUCCAGAGUUAUAAAGGCUUCAAGGAUAUAUUCCUGUAAUACACAAAACCUUUGUGUCCUGUUACUGUAUUUAGGUCUCUUUCACAGAAACCUUAUUAUUCUGCUUUUGUAAAUGAAUUUUAAACCAUCCUAAAAGGAAAAAAAAAACAAACCAAAAACCACAAACCCUCUGGCAGCAGUUUGUAAGCUUUUGCUUUACUUUAUAUAAAAAAUACCCCUUUGACUCCUACCCUGAGGCUUUUGCUACAGGAUUCAGAAGUGGUAGAAGUCAAACAUGUAAAAGGUAGUAAACAUUAUUAUCAAGACUUUGGAGGAUUACUCAUCAGCCUCCGUUGCAAUAGAUUGUAGAUGACUAACUUUGGUGCUAACUACUUAGUGUACAUCAUUUGUGGGUGACAAAUCUAAAGUAGGACUUGAGAAGAAGCCAAACAAAUCUUGAACUGCUAAUUUGAAACAGUUUGGUCCUGUCUGGUUGAAAGAAGAUACUAAUCCUCAUGGUUCACCCAGGGAAUCUGAUGGCAUUAGAUGGGUGAGGCCUUCUCUUUAAAACAUCUGACAUAAUAUCGACAUUUGCUUACUGUAAUUGAGAAGACACCUUGAAAGUCUGAAGCUUUGUUUAUACUUGGAGAUAUUUCUUACACCCAUUUAAACCACACCAGGACAAAGAGUAUUUGUAGUGGUGCAGCCAGGUUUGCUUGGAAGCAAGGGAAGUUGUAUUGGAGAAGGUUGUAGAGCUGCCCUGAGCGGCCUUAGCAAUGAAACAUUCAUGUGAGGGGGUGACGCACUAGCUUGACAGCUGAGACCUUUCUGGACCAUGUUCAUAGGAAAGAAAUGUUCUGGGCCAUCCUUUAGUCCUGUGUUCUCAGAGAGUGGUUGUCAGCCUCACCAGGGAGGUGAGCAAGAAUAAGGACCGUUGCUGAAGAGGCACAGCAACGUGAAAUGGCCAAGAAGCAGGCUCAGUCCAGGUAGUGAUCUGUGGCUUGUAGUGGAUUUGGCUUCAUGAAAACCCAAAUCUAAAUUUGCCUAACAUUCAGUUUUAAAACAAACAAAAAAAAGAUUCAUUUUUAUUCCUAUGCAAUGAAGAAAGUUUUGUGUAUCCCCAGCUCAGCUCACGUCCUGCAAUACUGCAUGCACUGUGGAGAUUCUUCCUUCACUCUGCCCGUCGUAGAGGAGGUUCCCUGAAUUCUAACAACCAACCUUCAGACCUACAACACUGAAGUGAUGAAAACUGACAAUGCAAUUUACUUUGCCUUAAUGAGCUUGAGACAAUGGUAGGAACAAUCUGUCGUAUUGUGUUAUGCUAAGGAAACAUGCAGUUUUCAGUGGUGAUGUUUACUCUUUACAGUUUGGAGGGUCUCUCCAGUGGCCUGGAACAUGUGCUGAAAGCUAAACCUUAUUUUAUUGGGGGGGAUUCACUUUUUUUUAAACAAUAUUUUAAAACUGAAUUGUGUUUAAAUAAACUGUAUUUCAACACACAAGCAAGUGUUACAAUCCCUCUCAAAAUAGCAAAAAUCAACAGCAAAAAAAAUUAAUACUAAUUUCUGUGCCAGUUGUAUUUUGGUUUAAUGCCUAAGGCUGGGAACAGUGUCUUGACUAAUAUUUAUCACAGUCUCAAAACUGUAACAAAAGGACUGUAAAACUGAACUUCUGUUCAGCAAACUUUCAUUCCUUUCUUCCGAGCUUUCUUUUGGGAUAGUUUCCUUUGUGUAAAGUUAAGCCUGAUGUUUCUUAAACUGGCUUCUGUGUACUUUUAGGUAACAGUUUUAAGUGAUGGAGUCUGGGUUUAGAGUAAGUUCAACAUCAGAGGUCUCAAGUACCUUAAAUCAGCAUGAGUGUUUGAUGAGCCAACAGCAAUUCCCAAGCCUUCCCUAUACCCAGUGAGCUGAAGUUCCAGAUCUGUGAGCAAAUGCUGUCCACUUUAAAGUACCAAGAACAUCCCAAGUUGGUAAGUCUGAACAGAGCACUUUAGUUCCAUAGAAUAAUCUUUACAACUGUUUUUAAAGGCACAAAUCCAUCUUUUUACUUCCAAAAAGCAAGGCAGCUUGGUUUAGAAUUGUAGUUCCAGCUUCAUUGGCUGAAAGAAACAGUUCUUAAAGCCUAUUUUUAUACAUUGAGAGAUGAAGAUUUCAAAGAAAGCUAUUUAUUCCUGUCUGUCCUAGAAGUAUCAAAAGAAUUAAUUCUCAAAAUGGAUUUCACUGUGGAAGAGAAGUGAUUUUUAAAUGUAAGGUGGAAAGGACUCCUGAGUUCUCUCCUGCAGGGGCACAUAAAAGUUAGUGCUCAAGGGAGUGUCUGAAUGGGGGCUACAGGGAUGCUGGGGAAGGACUAUUCAUUAGGGACUGUAGUGAUAGGACAAGGGGUAACAGGUUGAAACUUAAACAGCAGAGGCUUAGACUGGA